CAACAUUAUAACCCCUUCCCUGAGCCUCUGAAUGAUGGGAGCCAUUUGUGACUUUGAAGAUUCUGUGAAUGUACAGCUUUAGUUUUAUAUCAAGUAAUUUACGAUACCUUGCCCCGGGUUUAACCUGAACAGGUCCACCUGUCACUCUGCAGCCAUGAUGCCCGUUCUGGAAGAGAAGGUGCUUCCCAAGGAUGGGUCACUGACUGUCCCUGUCCUUAUCGUAGGGAAUGGUCCCUCUGGGAUUUGCUUGUCCUACCUACUGUCUGGGUACAGGCCCUACCUGUCUCCUGCAGCGAGUCACCCAAACCCAAUUCUACAGCAUAAACUGGAAGAGAACCAACACCUAUCAAUUGUUGACCAGGAUCUGGAAUAUCUCUCUGAAGGGUUAGAAGGACGGUCAUCCAAUCCAGUGGCUGUGCUCUUUGACACAUUGCUGCUGCCUGAUGGUGAUUUUGGGCUGGAUCACACUUCCCCACUGUGCUGGAAGCUGGAGUCUUGGCAAGGCAUAUCCCACCUGGUCUUGGGUACAGGCCCACCUGGAGGGUCCUGGAAUGCUAUGGAGGGCUCAAUGCUCACACUAAGCUUUGGGAGUUGGAUGGAGUUACCGGGUCUGAAACUGAAGGAUUGCGUUGGAGAGAAGCGAAGGAACCUAAGGAACAACCGAGUGACCCCAGCUGAGGUUGCUGCCUAUUACCAACACUUUGUCCGUGAGAUGGGUCUCGAGAAGAACUUUGUGCCCAGAAGCUGCCUGACGUCGCUGUGUCGCAUCAAUGUUGUUGCUGAGAGUGAGGACGCCAGCAAGAGGGGAGUGAUCCAGGAGAGGGCACAGGAGGAAGGAAGUGGGGCAGCAACACGGUCGUUGUGGGAGGUCAGAGGUUACCAAAAGGGGAGCAAUGGGGUGCAGACACCCUUUCUGAUCUUGGCAGAGAAUGUGGUCUUAGCGACUGGGACACAGGAUGAGCCUGUGAGGCUGGGUGUGGAGGGUGAAGAGCUGCCUUACAUCUGUCACAGCAUUUCUGAAUUUGAAACAGCCAUCGUGCACAGCCGGGUCAGUGAGUGCUCGGAGCCAGUGCUGAUUGUUGGAGCAGGACUGACAGCAGCUGAUGCUGUUCUGUGUGCCCAUCACUAUGGGAUACCUGUCCUUCACACCUUCCGACAGGCAGUCACUGACCCCGACCUGAUCUUUAACCAGCUGCCCAAAGUGCUCUACCCAGAAUAUCACAAAGUGCACCAGAUGAUGAGUCAGCAGAAUGCUGGCAGAGACUCUGCUUCUUAUCGAGGUUACACCAGCUUUCCCCAGCACCAGGUCAGCAGCUUCAAGCUGGACAGGAAAUGUGUCCUGGAAAGGUGGGACAAGUGUCAGACGGUGGUGAAUGUCUCCAUGGCAUUGGUGUUGAUUGGGGCUAAUCCCAGGCUGACCUUCCUCAGGGACAAUGGCAGUUACCUGGGACUGAACUCGAAGAUGCCAAUAUCCUACCGCUAUAACCCUUUGCAGAUUCAUCCUCACACCUAUGAGCUGCUCCAGGAGCCCAACCUUUUUGCUAUGGGUCCCCUGGUGGGUGAUAACUUUGUACGGUUUGUGAAGGGUGGGGCUCUGGGUAUCACCAGCUGCCUGGUGAAACGCCACAAGCAACAAAAAGAGCAGGUCCUGGCAAAGUGAAGCAGGAAACUGGCAGCUUCUACUGAUCAUAAACCAGACAGAGGAGUCACCGCUCUUUCUGUCUCACUCCUGAGCAGACUAAUGGCUGCUGAGUGCAUUAGGUGCAAGGGUUGCUGCUUUCUGUCAGCUUUCCUCCAUUGGUCUGACUCAAAGACCACUCCACACUCACAUCUUCUAGGAAUCUGCUUUUGGGAACUUUGAACUUGCUUCCUGUCCCUUUGGAAUUUCUCCAUGCAUUAAUAGAGGAGGGUGGGAUUGAGACAAGGUAAUGAAGGAGAGAGCUGGGCCUGUAGGGUCAAGGGUGCCCUGUCAGUAAACAACUGUGGUUUGCUCCAUUACAGACACAUGAAACUUUCCUAUCUUUUUGGUAAAACUGACAAAAACGCUGGACAAACAGUAGGCAGAAUCUAUAUUCUCACCCAUUGGCACUCACUCCUACUGCAGAACUUUCUGAACCAGACGUAGAUCCAAGCACUUGUUUGUCACUCAUUGUCAGGUCACUGAGCGAAGAUAAAAAGUUAAAGAAAUUCUUGAUCUGGUUCCUGGAGAAGGUUGGGUUGUUAAAGUUGCAGUAACUUAUGUAAAGUGAGAAACUGCAUGCUUCAGGAUGUGCUGGCUCAAAAGUUGAGUGUUUUGUGCAGUAUCUCCCUGUCUUGGUGAUAUUCUGUCUAUUGCCAGGAGUUAACUGGAAUUGAUAGGGAGUCUGGACACAGAGAGAUGUGGUACCUGCUAUGAUGCCAUCAGCCAGCACUGUCAGAGUUAUUGGGCCAGUCUGGUUGGAAUGGAGCACCUCACCACUGCCUCCUUUAAUUUAGACUUUUCCUUCAAAUCAGAUGAAAAAUGUUUUGCAAUUCUUUUUCAAUUCAAUCUGCUUAGAGAUAAUAUUACACAGCUCUGCAGCAGUGGGACUUGUUGUGAAUUGGAGCUGGUAAAGGCUCUGAGACCAACACAAUGUCUGGGACUUCAAUGAAUAAUGGAACCAACAGUUUAUCUGCUUAACAAAUGAGUGUUAACAAAUAGAGAAGGAAACAGUGAAUUGAAGUGAAAUCAGACACAGAAAGAGAAAUGGAACAAAGGAGAGAUCCGAGUGAAAAAGGAAGGAUACUGAAGGGGAGAGAUUUGCAGGAAUGAGUGAACAGUUUAAUUGUUCCCCGUCUGGGACAGGCAGAGGUUUGUAUUAACAACGGUCAUGCUGCUUGAAAGCUAUUUAAUGCUGUCUUCAGCCCUAACACAUUAAUGAAGUUAGUAUGCAAAUUCUGCAAGUUUUCUAAAACACUGGGAACGUGGAGUGUGGGAAGAUGUUGGUGUAAACUGAGCAAUGGUUUUGGGAGAAUUCAUUCCGAUUAAUGUGCUUCCUGGAUCCACACGAUCAGCAGAAUUAGGGAACAGCAUUCCCAAUUUGGACGUUGCAAAUCCAGGCAUAAUCAUUAAACGCAGGAGAGAUUGUGAUAGCUGCGAAUGUGUCCGAUGUGGCUCAUUGCAGGAUAUUGUGUCUAA